AUGUAAGAAGAUACUAAACACAAUAAUUUAUUCUGUAUUAGAAGAUUGCACGAAAGUAAGAUAUUUUAGUAAGUUUCUGAUUUUGGUCAGUUAAAGGUUUGCUUUAAACAUCAAAGGUUAUGUGAUUAUAAAAAUAUUAGUAUUUGUGUUGGCUAUUAAUAUUAAUGUCCAAUUAGCGAUAUUAAAUUUUCAAAUGAAGAUUUUUUAGAAGGCUAUGAAAAGCUAGAUUAAAGAUUUAAUAACUUUAAUAUUUUUAUAACUAGAGAAAACCAGCAACUUUAACCUCUUGCUUAAGUUAAAAUUUCAAACGAAAACUUUAAAGGUUUAAAGAAUGAUCAAUAUUAUUAUGAUAAGAGUUUGGAAUAAAAUGAUAAGGUUAAACAAAAUGACUUUGAUAUAAUAUAAUCAGACUUGCAAAUGAAAUCUGAUAAAAUAGAAAAAUUUGAAUAUGUAAAUGCUUCUUUUCUAAUAUUGGUUUCUGUUUUUGUUUAAGUAUACAAGACAUGUAUUGUAGUGAUGCACUAUUUCUUUGAAGAGUUCUCUCCGUUUAAUAAACGCGAUUUUUCAAUGAUGAUAAUGUGUUUAUUAUCAGAUUUAUUUUACAUUUAUUCUACCUUUUACUCUAGGAUUGAGUAUUACAAUUAUAUAGAUUCUCUUUUGUCUAAAGGAUGUUUUGACGCAUAUGGAGAUAUUUACAACAUGAAAUAAAAUCUAGAUACUAAAAUAGAAAUAUUUGGUUUUUUUUUCUCAAGCGUAUCUCUCAUAAUAGCAUUGAUUGCUGGAUCAGUAUUUUAUUUCGCUUUUAUAAUGAUUAAAAAAGCCUUUAAUUAUUUAAAAAGUAAAUUCGCUUCUAAGUCUAUUUAACAUAAAUAAUAAAUGUAACAAACGUCUUGA